GCGUGCAUUGCAUGCAACAAAGUUGAGCUGUUGAUGUUUUUCUUUACUCGGUCACAGCCUUGAAACUUUUUGCAAACGUAGCCAAACAUUGUCCCCAAUAAGCACCUCGUCUUUUCCUUCCACUUUGCUUUUUGCACUUUUAUACCAACGACGUUUCUGAAAAUGGAAAUUUUUCUUUUCAUUUUUGUGACCAUAGGUUCCAUUUUUUGCGGCUCAGCAACGCACACGUCGGGCUUGUUGACCUUUCCUGGCACGCAGGUGGCUGAGUACUACAUCCGGUCGCUCCAGGAAAAGAACAUUAAGGACAGGUUCGCCAGGACUAAUCCUCUGGCCACCAAAUUCCAGAUUUGGAGCAAAGAGGCACUUGUAUUGUUUCCAUGCUUUGAACCGGGCGCUCCGAUCACCUCUGCUAGAACUUUGCUCAGAAAUGGAGGGUCAAAGCUCCUUUGGAGGGCCCUUCCUUACUGGGACAACCCACAGGACAGACUCUGCGACGGCGUCAGAAACGCGACCGACAUUUCCAUCACUUCAAAUAACUUGGCGUGGAUUUUGGACAGCGGCGACUUUUCAUCGGCGCAAAAUCACUGUCCGGCCAAGGUAGUAGUGGUCGAGCUGGGUAAGAACAGGCUGCACCGCCUCAUCGACUUUGGCCACUUCACGCCCAGCCGCCUUGACCAUUUGGCCGUCGGACAGUCUAACGCUGGACACACUUUUCUCUACGUGAGUGACUCGGCCAACAACGCCAUCAUCGUGUGGGACGUGAUGAAGGCCAGGGGCUGGAAGGUCAUUUUGCCGGACGUCGUCCAGCUCGAGACCUCUCCGGAUGACGUUCUAUACCUGGCCCUCCUGCGCAACCCUGACGGCUCAAACCUGCUGCUCCUCUCCUACCUUAGCUCGCCCUUCGUCUUCACUGUUCGCACCGAAUUCCUUCGGACAGGGUCAUCGACCGGACGCGUGAUCGUCAAGGGCGUCAAACCCUUCCGAACGCUUUUCUUGGGCACGGACGGCGGGAGAAACAUUUUCUUCAGGUACGACGGCCGACCUGAGGUGUACCUGUGGGACUCGAGCAAGCAGUUCAGGGAGGAGAACUUUGAGCGGGUGUACGGCGGGACGGAGGGACGACUUGCCACCUGCGUCGCUCCGGACUUUGCCAGCAAAAAGAUGCUGGUUUUGGAGUCGGAUUACCUUGCCUUCUUCCAAACCGGCAAGAGAAAUGUUGAGCACAGAAUUAGCACUCUGCUUUAUGAACCAGAGUGGUAAACUCCAAUUUUAUUUUAUUUUGGAAAAAAAAUAAAAGCAGUGAAAUUCAUUUAUAA